GCUGCCUCGAGCGAGCGAGUGAACGAGUGCACUGCCUCUCGCCCAUGGUGCGCUGGCCAGGCCUGAGGCCCUGCCUGAGUACCAUCCUUAACCCUGCAGGUGCCUCCAGCAUGGCAGCAGCCGAAGUGCCCGGCUACCUUGUGUCUCCUCAGACGGAGAAGCAUCGGAGGGCCCGCAACUGGACAGAUGCCGAGAUGCGCGGCCUCAUGCUGGUCUGGGAGGAGUUCUUCGAUGAGCUCAAGCAGACCAAGCGCAAUGCCAAGGUGUACGAGAAGAUGGCCAGCAAGCUCUUCGAGAUGACUGGGGAGCGCCGGCUAGGAGAGGAGAUCAAGAUCAAAAUCACCAACAUGACCUUCCAGUACAGGAAAUUAAAAUGCAUGACAGAUAGCGAGUCCGUCCCGCCGGACUGGCCCUAUUACCUAGCCAUUGAUAGGAUUCUGGCCAAGGUCCCUGAGUCCUGUGAGGGCAAACUGCCGGAUGGCCAGCAGCCGGGGCCCUCCACGUCCCAGACCGAGGCGUCCCUGUCGCCGUCUGCUAAGUCCACCCCUCUGUACUUACCGUAUGCCCAGUGCUCCUAUGAAGGCCGCUUCGAGGACGAUCGCUCCGACAGCUCCUCCAGCUUACUGUCCCUUAAGUUCAGGUCAGAGGAACGCCCUGUGAAGAAACGCAAGGUUCGGAGCUGUCACUUACAGAAAAAAAAACUGCGGCUGCUGGAGGCUAUGCUGGAGGAGCAGCGCCGGCUGAGCCGUGCCAUGGAGGAGACAUGCCGAGAGGUCCGCCGUGUGCUGGACCAGCAGAACAUCCUACAGGUCCAGAGCCUGCAGCUUCAGGAGCGCAUGAUGAGCCUGCUGGAGAAGAUCAUCGCCAAGUCCAAUGUCUAGGCCAUGGAGAGGAUGCCAGGUGCCACGUAAUCCUAUCUGGAGGCCCACGCAGCUCAGGGCCCUGCCCACCCAGGCAGAUUCCAGAAAGGGGACAGGCUUCAGCCUGGCUUCUGUGUUUCUCUGAAGGGCUUUCCAGGACCCCAGUGGCCCUGGAAGACUUUGGGACCCCCAUCUCCAGCACUGAUGCCAGGGACCCCAGGACGACUAGUGAGAAGGUUCCAGAAUCCACUCUCCAAUAUAGUCACUAUCAUGAUACUUGAAACAGCUUUUGAUAUUAAAUGUACUUUCAAUUAUUGCCUGGAA